GUUUAUCAAUAUGGCCGUUCAGUUGUAAGGACGUUUAAAUUUGUCCGUUGAAGUUAAAAGUUUGUUCGAGUCUAGUAAAUAUCCGUAGAGGAAUUUCGCGUAAUAAAUUUUUCGUUAGUUAAGUGCUUUAUUAAUUUGUGUUUCUUGUGAUCAGUGAAUUAAGAACCAGUCAUCAUGGAGAAUUUCCUGAAAAUCGAGAAAAUUGGAGAAGGAACCUAUGGCGUUGUAUACAAAGGUAAACAUAAAAAAACUGGUGAAAUAGUUGCAAUGAAAAAAAUUCGUUUGGAAAGUGACGACGAGGGUAUUCCAUCGACAGCAAUAAGGGAGAUUUCUCUCUUAAAGGAACUUAAGCACCCAAAUAUUGUCAGCUUAUUAGAUGUAUUGAUGGAGGAAUCAAAACUUUAUUUGAUUUUCGAAUAUUUGACGAUGGACUUGAAAAAAUAUAUGGAUACGUUAGGCAGUGGAAAACUUAUGAAUCCUUCAGUAGUCAAAUGUUACUUGUAUCAAAUCACAAAAGCCAUUCUUUUUUGUCAUCAACGCAGAGUAUUGCAUCGAGAUUUAAAACCACAAAAUUUACUCGUUGACAAAUCGGGUGUGAUAAAAAUUGCUGAUUUCGGUUUGGGAAGAGCAUUUGGAAUACCCGUGAGAGUUUAUACUCACGAAGUGGUCACACUUUGGUAUCGGGCACCAGAAAUUCUUCUCGGUGCCACAAGAUAUUCGUGUGCCAUCGAUAUAUGGAGUAUCGGUUGUAUUUUUGCGGAAAUGGCAACAAAGAAACCUCUGUUUCAGGGUGACAGCGAAAUCGAUCAAUUAUUCAGAAUAUUUCGUGUUUUGAAAACGCCGACUGAAGAAAUUUGGCCAGGCGUAUCACAAUAUUCGGAUUACAAGGCCACAUUUCCAAAUUGGAAGACAAAUAAUUUGGAGGAACACGUUAAAGUUUUGGACGUCGAUGGAAUUGAUUUAUUGCAAGAGAUGUUGACCUACGAUCCAGCGCACAGAAUAUCGGCACGAGCUGUACUUCAGCAUUCAUUUUUCGAGGACAUUGAGUGCGAAUUCAAAGAAGCCAAAAUACCGUUCGUUUAAGAAGUUAGGUUAUUCCAAUUACUUAUAAAAAUGUAUUUAUAUUCUUCUUUCCAAAAUUUUCUUUUUUUUUAGUAGACUUUUACAUAAUUUAUCGAGUAUAGACAUUGUUAUAAACAUAAAUCAAUGCGGGAAAUAAUUAUUUUUAAUUAUUUUAAGUGAUAUUCUUAGGUAUUUAAAAUAGUAAUAAGGGAGACACAAGUUUCAUAAAUACAUUUUUUCAUUUUUUUAUAUAUACAAAAAAGUAAGGAAAGUAAU